GUUUGGCGUUAGCUUUCUUGAAAGAACCCAGCUUCAAGAUGUGGAUCCCGACGUUUCAACAGCUCAUGGCACUUCUGCUCCUUUGUUCCCUAGUGGCCAGCCAAUCUAUUAUCUGCAAAUCUUGCCUGAAGGAAAAACUUUUGAGUUUACGCGAACGGAUCAGGAACUCUAUACAGCAAAGACCAAUAAUUCAGCCUGUAUUGGUCCAAAAUCCUCAACCCGUGUACAUUCCAGUAAUUCAACCUGUUCCUUUGGGUCAACAGAGUAACCCCGAAAUCAAGCAGCAACAGUCACAGGUUCAAAAUAAUAAUUAUCAUUUAAAUUUUGAUGUAGCCAAAUUGAUCGAAAGGAUACGAAAUAAUCCUCUUUCGAAAGAUUUGGCGUUGGAUUUGAAGAAACAGUUACAAUCCAAUUCACAAUCUCAAUCACAAUCGCAGUCGCAGUCGUCGCUGUUGCAGUCACAGUCACAGUCGCAGUCACAGUUGGGGUCGCAGUCGCAGAGGCAGUCGCAGUCGCAGUCGCAGUCGAACCAACUGCAACAGCAACAGCAACAAAUAGAGUUGCAGCUUAAUCUCCUUCGACAGUUGCAACAGAAACAGUUAGCAGAGCAGGCUGCCUUGCAAUCCCAGUCACAAUCACAGACUCAAUCACAGGCACAAUCAGGAUCACAGUCCCAGUCGCAGUCCCAGUCGCAGUCCCAGUCGCAGUCCCAGUCGCAGUCCCAGUCGCAGUACCAGUCACAGUCACAAGCUGAUUUUCAAUCACAAUCGCUGCAAAAGCAAUUGAAUCAUGUUAUGAUUCAGUUAAAGAUCCUGCGACACUUGCAACAGAAACAGUUAGAGAAACUACUGUCACAAUCAGACUCACAGUCCCAAUAUAAUUCUCAAUCACAAUCGCUGCAAAGGCAACUGCAACAAAUAGAGUUUCAGUUAAAGCUCCUGCGUCAGUUGCAACAGAAACAGUUACUGCAACAAUCUAACGCUCAAACGACGCUACAAUCAGAGUCACAAGCCAAGCAACUACUGUUGCAGUGGCAAAUUCUUCAACACUUGCAAAUUCUUCGAAAGUUGCAGCAGAAAAAGUUAGAGGAGCAGAAUCGGUCAAAGGACCAGAUAUACAAGCUGAUAAACUUACCUUCAUAUCCCCGCUUACCAGUACUGCUUCCUUACCCGCCGAAGCCUGCUCCUCCUCUUUUUGGCCAGGACCGAAAUGAAUUGGAGAGGCAGAUAAAAAUAUUGCAAGAAUUGGAGCUGAGACAAAGGCAAGAAGAACAGGCUGUAGAGAUCCUAAAGAAAAAGCACCAACAAGGUACAAACCAACGGAUAGAAGAACUUUGGCAAUUGCACCUGCUGAAACAACAACGGGAACAUGAUGAAAUUCAAAAACAAAUUAUCCGGCAAUAUAGGCGAGUCCAAAGAAUGUUAAUAACUGGUUUAAACUUGAAGGCAAAGCAACAGUGGGUGGAAUAUCAACAACAGAAGCGUUUGAAUGAUCUUAAAAAUUGGAAGAUUCAGUUAGAGAAACUUAAACAAGUUGGCAGUUCAAGCUCACUAUCGAAUUCAGAACAAAUUUAUCAAAGUUAUGUAUCGAAAAUUGCUGAAUAUCAACAACAGAAGCGUUUGAAUGAUCUCAAAAAUUGGAAGAUUCAGUUAGAGAAACUUCAACAAAUUGGCAGUUCAAGCUCACUAUCGAAUUCAGAACAAAUUGAUCGGAGUUCUGUAUCGAAAAUUUCUGAAAAAAACACGCAUCAACUUAACUUAGAAAAAAUUGCCCAGCUUGUUGGCUCAGAGACCGCAUCGCAGAAAAUUUUAGAAAGUUCUGGAUCUGAAAGUUCUGGUCUUCAAGGAUCUAAGCAACAAGAAAUCAUCCAAACCAAUGCACAGCAAAUUGUUCAAGGUUCUGAAUCUCAAACCCAAUUGAAGCAACUUCAGUCACAAAAAAUUGCCCACCUUGGUGGUUCAAGCACACAAACUAAUUCACAGCAAAUUGUUCAAGGUUCUGGAUCUCAAACAUCUAAUCUUCAACAAGUGCAGGUGCAAAAGCAAUUGCAUCAGCAUGAGUCAGAUAGCCUUAGCCGCAACCUUGUUGAACAACAAAAUAGCCAAUCUUCUGCAUCUCACGGUGCCAAGCAGGUGCAGGUUCAAUCACAAAAAAUUGCCUCAAGCUCACAGGACAGUUUAAAAGAAAGUGUGCUACAUAAUCUACAGAAGGCGGCCUCACAGGUUGGAUCUCAACAGGUGCAGUCACAGAAUCUCGUACAUAGUCAUGGUCAAAACUCUGCUUCACUGGAACAUUCAAGUCUAUCGCAGUCACAGUCACAGAAAUCGGCCCACCCAUCAUCAUCUAAUUCAGAGUCGCACUUAUCGUCUCAGUCCCAAUCGCAAUUGGUCAAACAUGACUACCUUCCGUCCGACCAAGAUGUAUUGACCUAUUUAUUAUAAAGUGACCACAAAACUGUAACAUUCACUUUAGUUCUCCUCAGGAGUGGACAAAAAUGUUGGGAUAUGAUUUUUCUUAAUUAACAAUUAA